AUGACCGUUUAUGGCCUAACGCUGUCUGACAGCUGCAUGGAUUGCAUUCGUAAGAUGGAAAAUGGAACGGUCGAUGAGUGCACGAAAAAUGCUAACGGCACCCUCAGUUGCGGACCCUUUCGUAUCUGCGAGGAUUACUGGAAGAUCUGCAGCAACGGAGGAAAGGAUAUUGAUACAGGGAAGGAUUGGCAGAUCUGCACAAAACAACUGGCCUGUUCGGAAAAGUGCGUGAAGAAGUACAUGGCCCUCCAGGAACCCACCGGUAGUAAGCGCAUCAUGACCUGCCAGGACAUCGCAUGCCUCCAUCACGAAGGCCCCAAGAGAUGCGCGGACGAGAAAGUCAGCAAGGACUUCUUGGAAAAGCACCUCAAUAUGUGCUAGACGACUUGAAGGGGAUGUCGAGGGGGGAUGUUGGUCCUCCCUCCUGAUGCGGUCGGACCGCUUCCUUUUGAAUGUGCAUGUUCUGUCGCUGACCCCGCUUCGAAGCAUACCACAGAUCACCGAGCAAACCCUUCAAUGAUUUCAUUCCCGAUGCGCUUGCGUCCGAUUUCAUGUAUUUUGAAUAAAAGUGAUCGAGCAGAUGC